AUGGUGACAUGUGGAAAGAAGGCCUAUCUUUCAUCUGUUCCAUGGCGACCGUUGAUAAAAGAACACUGUUUGAUUGUUCCCACUGCUCAUUAUUCUUCAACUGUGACGCUUGACGAAGAUGUUUAUGAAGAGAUAUGGAAAUUUAAAAGAGCUUUAGUUUCAAUGUGGCAAGCAAAAGAAAUGGAUUGUUUAUUCGUUGAAACAGCCAAAAAUGUGAAACACCGUAAGCACAUGUAUAUUGAAUGUAUUGCGGUACCGAGCAAAAUUGGUGAAGUGGCACCUGUUUAUUUCAAGAAAGCGAUCGAUGAUAGUGAGAGUGAAUGGGUCGAUAAUAAGAAAUUGCUGGAUCUUAGUAAACGAGGUGGAAAUGUUCGAAAAGUUAUUCCCAAAGGAUUCUCAUAUUUUGCUGUCGAUUUUGGUUUGCAACCGGGUUAUGCGCAUGUUAUUGAAAAUGAAAAUCGAUUUCCGCAGAAUUUUGCCCAUGAAAUAAUCGGUGGUAUGAUGAAUCUGGAAAGAAGGGUAUGGAGAAUGAAUGAAAAUUUAAUUAUGGAAGAGCAACGAGCGAAUACUAUCGAACUGAAACGUCUGUGGGAACCAUUUGAUUGGACAAAAGAAUCUAAAUAA